CAUUUCCUAUUCCUUCCUGCGUAAGGACGAUGAAGAAUGAACAAAAUGAACGUUUGACUCAUCUUCCCUUCUCCCCAACCCUGAAACCGAGUCCCACACAGUACACACGCGGUCAUAGUGCAGAACCCAAGACACCAACAAAGGCCCCUCUCUUCUAUGAAUCCCAAUCUUACACCGGUAGGUAGCAGUCGGUAGUAGGAAGCCAUCUGCUAUGGCUGCCCUCUGCAUCAUCUUCACCACCAUCCUUUUCCAUCUAUCGUCUUCUCGUGCAACAGCGCACCCGCUGAAAACCAGGCUGUUCACAAACCUCAUUGAGCCACCUACCUCCCCGACUGUUUUCUUCGAGGUCACAAGACCCAUCCAAACCCCCAAAGAGCCCCCCUGUUCAUCCCUCGUCCUCCAGCAUGAUUUUGGCUACACUUAUGGCCUCCCACCUGUGACUGUCCCCUACACCCCUCCAACCCACUGCCCAUCUCUCGACUGGUCCAUGGUGGUGCUUGAAUGGUCCGCAGCAUGCAAGGGGACUCAAUAUGACAGGAUCUUCGGGGUAUGGCUCAGUGGAGUGGAGAUUCUAAGGAGCUGCACUGCUGAGCCGAGAGCCAGUGGCAUCUAUUGGAAGGUGGAGAAGGACAUAACGAGGUUCUCUUCCCUACUCAAGCAGAAUCAGACCCUCUCUGUCUAUCUCGGGAAUCUUAUCACUAGCGUCUAUACUGGAGUUUACCAUGUCAAUCUCACUUUUCAUUUCUAUCCCAAACAAGAUGGUACGAAACAGAUGGGUUUGGCUUCAAAACUCGAUUCUCCUGCUGAUUUGAUCCUGCCCAUUUCAAGAACUCCUCCUUUGAAUGAUGGGUAUUGGUUCUUGAUAGAGAACUCAACUGAUGUGGAGCAGAAACAGUUCAGUCUACCCCGGAAUGUAUACAGGGCGGUGCUUGAGUUGUAUGUUUCUUUCCACUCUGACGAUGAAUUUUGGUAUGCAAAUCCGCCGAAUGAAUACGUCGAGGCCAACAAUUUGACUGACACUCCUGGUAAUGGAGCUUUCAGGGAGGUGGUAGUGAGGUUGGAUGAGAGGGUAGUGGGUGCAGUGUGUCCUUUUACUGUUAUCUACACCGGUGGGAUUAAUCCUCUUCUUUGGAGGCCGAUUACGGGAAUCGGUUCCUUUGAUCUCCCUUCUUAUGAUAUAGAGAUCACACCAUUCUUGGGGGAGAUUCUCGACAAGAAAAACCACACCAUCAAGUUUAGUGUUACUGAUGCACUGGAUGUAUGGUACGUCGAUGCAAAUUUGCAUCUUUGGCUAGAUGGAAGAAAGAAGAAAACAAAGGGUAAGUUGGUGAUGUAUGACGCCCCACCUUCACAGGUCAAUGUGCUGUCUAAAUUCAAGGGUUUAGAUGGCGUUUUCAACACGAGUGGUCACCGGCACAUAUCGGCCACAGGGUGGGUGAAGUCAUCUCAUGGCAAGGUCACCACUCACACUGUUCAAAGAUUUGGAUAUAGAAAUUGGAUGAAGUUUGGGAACGAUGGCAAUGCACAGACAGUGAAUCAGACAAUCCAUUCCAACUAUGGCGUUUACUUCACACUCCCUUCUUCUAAUGUCUAUUCGAUUCAGUUGAUCCGAACAUUUCCUCUGUACCUCUAUACUGCUGCUGUGGACCAGACAAAUACAAGUUACAAAGAUGUGACUGAUGUGUUUCUGGGAUUCGAUGAGUAUUCAUUCAGGGGUGAACGGUUUGGUUUCUCAUUCAGUUCACUUAGAAAUUCACAGGCAGCCCGGGGCUACAUGGUUGUCAAAGGGAGUUCAGUAACCAGUGGAUUGGGAAGUACUGGGGAGGUAUACAGGUAUGAGAGCACUGAAGGAUGCUACUUUAGAAACGUGAGUAGCAGUAACUACACUAUCCUCCAUGACUACUCGAGCUAUCUUUGCAGCAAAAGAUCGCCAUUAGGUGCAGAGAAUGUAUUUGACGGGGUUUGGCUUAGUAAGGUGAAAGUGGGCCGCUAUGCAGGUGGUCGUGACUUAUGAUCACCCUGGUGUCACCUCUCAGUGUCUCCCAAUUUUUCAAGUCCACAUGCUAUGGACAUGAGGUGAUGA